ACCCCUGUGCAGUGGACUAGUGGGGGAGGGACGGCUGAACCAAUCACAGAAAGACUGCUGCAGCUUUCCCUCCAAAAGGAACCAAUCAGAUGUUGUUGCUUGGAUUCCUUUGUCUGGAAGUUUCCAUGUGGAAGCUUCCAGAGUCUUUUCUGUUUGGUCUCCAGGCUGAGCAGAACUGACUCCUGCAGGAUCACAGGAACUUUCAGGGAAAUCUCAAAGCAGGAGAAAAGUUUCUGUUUGGAGCUUUUUUCUGUGAUUGUGAGACUAGCAGAUGAUCGGAGCUGCUGCUGUUCAGAGGACUUUGGUGUUUGUUGGAGCUGAAGAUCUUCUGCAGCUGCAGGAACCAUGUCUUCAUUUGAUCAGAAAGAUUCUGUCAGAGAACAACUUUCUGCUGCUGAAGAAACCAUUAUCCAGAACGGGACGGGGCUCUGUGGUCAGCGCAGACUGCUGGAUCUCAUCUUGAAAGUACAGAGUCAAAUCCACAUUACAGUCCUCCCCCAGCAUUGGGUGACUGAAGAGGAAUAUCUCUGCAACCAGCAGAGGAACUUAAGAGAGGAACAAGAGGAUCUAGAACCUCUACAGACUAAAGAGGAACUGAAGGAACCAGAACCUCCACAGAUGGAAAUAAAACAGGAGGAACCAGAACUUCCACAGAUUAAAGAGGAACAAGAGAAACCAGAACCUCCAUGGGUUAAAGAGGAGCAAGAACACAUUUCCAUCGGUCAGAAUGAACAGAAACUUGAUCUAAAGCAGGAGAUUGAUACCUUGAUGGAGAUUCCUUCUUAUGAGGAAAUCACUCACAGUGAAGCAGAUCUAAACAAACAGAAGAGAUUCAGUGUAACUGAGAGUCAGGAUGAAGAAGGAAACCAACAUGAAGAAUCAACAUCAACUACAGAUGAAGAGACAGACCCACAGAACAGAGAUCAGAAGAAGAAAAGAGACAGAAGUCAUGUCCAAAGUGUGGCCAGCUCUCACAUGUCAGAAAGUCAGUGUGGCUCUGAUGUUAGAAAAAAAUCCAAGAAGGAAACUUCAGCAGAGAAGCACAAACACUCUCCAAAAGAAAAGAGACUUUCCCCUGUUAAAUCUGGUAAAAGAAAAAUAAUUGCAAACAAUGUGUCUGCCCACAUAAGAGCUGACACUGAUGGAAGACCUCAUGUUUGUAAAGAAUGUGGUAAAAGUUUUAGUUACUUGUCCAAGUUCAAAAUUCACAUGAGAAGUCACACAAGAGAAAAGCCUUUUUGUUGUCAAGAAUGUAAGAAAGGUUUUAGUCUGAUGUCUAAUCUAAAAAAACACAUGAGAACUCAUACAGGAGAGAAGCCUUUUGUUUGUCAAGAAUGUGAUAAAGGUUUUAGUCGAAUAUGUAAUCUCCAAACACACAUAAGAACUCAUACAGGAGAGAAGCCUUUUUGUUGUCAAGAAUGUGAUAAAUGUUUUAGUCAACUAUCUAGUCUCAAAUCACACAUAAGAACUCAUACAGGAGAGAAGCCUUUUUGUUGCCAAGAAUGUGAUAAACAUUUCAGUCGAAUAUCUAAUCUCAAAACACACAUGAGAAGUCACAAAGGAGAGAAGCAUUUUCAUUGUCAAGAAUGUGAUAAAGGUUUCAGUCGAAUAACUAGUCUCAAAUUACACAUAAGAACUCAUACAGGAGAGAAGCCUUUUGUUUGUCAAGAAUGUGAUAAACGUUUUAGUCGAAUAGCUUAUCUCAAAACACACUUGAGAACUCAUACAGGAGAGAAGCCUUUUGUUUGUCAAGAAUGUGAUAAACGUUUUAGUCGAAUAGCUUAUCUUAAAACACACUUGAGAACUCAUACAGGAGAGAAGUUUUUUUGUCAAGAAUGUGAUAAAAGUUUUAGUGAUCCAUCUGGUUUCCGAAGACACGUGAGAAGCCAUACCAGAGAGUAAACCUUUUUCUUGCCAAGAAUGUAAAAAAAAGUUUUUGUCUAGAAUUUAGCUUCAAAAGGGAGGAAGUCUUUUCUUGCAAAAAAAAGUCUGAGUUUAGUCAAAAUUUUAUUUAUUUAUUUUUGUGAUAUAAACAUCCAUUUUUCUAAGACAAAUCUUUAAAGUUUCAUUGUCCAUAAGCCACAACACUCAAAAUGAAUUAUAUUUAGGAUUGGUAUAUUUAUGUUUGUUUAUUGAUUCUUUACUAAAUUAACUUUACUUUUUAUUGAUUGACCAAAAUGUGUAUCUUUUCGACUAAAUUCAUUCUUUUUGGUGUAUUCUACAUAUCAGACGUGAAUCGCGCGAUGAAUUUGCGUACCUCACCCCUUUUUUCAUCAAGCGGUGAAUUCUUUGCUCACCGCCAGUAAAAAAAAAAUGUGUUCCUGACACUUCAGACAAGUGGGAGGAGCUGCCAGCUCUGUCUGUGGAUAUCUGACUUAGAAUGAAUGGAAGACGCAUGAUGUCGAGGAAUAACGUUUAUUUUUUGUGAAGAGUUCAACAAAAACAUGAGUAAUCAUGUCUCCAUGUUUGAGUUAUGAUUAUUAUUAAAACAGCGUCAGCGCUUCCGCAGUGGCGCUCUCUCUCCUGGCGUGUGGAGCGAGCAGGCCCCGCUGGUCUGCAAGGCUGUCCAGCUACAACCAGAGAACCACAAGCGGUGACAGGACAUAAACACUUAUAUUAGAGUAGUAUUCUACCCGCUGAUUGAGUUACUGGUAAAGUCCUGUGACCAAAGCUGAGUUCCUGAUUGGCAGAUGCGAUGCAGUGACCUGUCAAACUUCAGGUAUUUAAGCCACAUUUCCUGCCUGCCGCCCGAUAUGUGCCUCGCCCCUCAAAUUGAGGUGCUGAUAGACCUUUAUGCCAUGCCGGUUGCUCACAUUGCCCCACGGGACUUCAAUUCGCUUCAGAGCACCACUGGACCGUUGAAUAACAUUGGAAAUUACCAGAGUCCCAUUCGGUGUGAAUGCACCAUCACAGUUAAAUCUUCAAUUCUUGAAUUUUUUUUAACAUGUUUGAAGGUGCCAUCACUUUAUGUACCGACAUUGUUCAUGAAAUUUAGUUUUAAAGCAACGAUAAAAACUUUUAAAGCAUUGCUCAGUUGUUUUUUUUAGGAUUCCAUUCGAUUUUUUUGAUGACCAUUUUUUGUUUAAAAAAUUUUGUGUUGACCUUUAUGGUUGUAGUUUAUGCUGAGACAUUCUGUAUGUUUGUAUGAGCAAAUAACCACAUUGUGAAUGAAAUAUUUUCUUUAAAUUGUAGUAAAGAAGAGAUGCAUAGUGAAAGACUGACAUUUCUGUCUUGUGUUGUUGUGAUUCCUGUUUUGUAUCAGAGAUUAGAAGUGUUUCUCUGUUCUUUUUAGUUCUCAGUGUUCUGUCUCAAUCUUUCCUGUGA